AGAGAAUACAAUAGAAGUUUAGUUUCAAAAAUGGCUGCCGAAAUGUUAAAGAAUAAGGGCAAGAGAGGAGCUGCUGCUUCUGUUAAGUUAAGAUGUUCUAAGGUUAAUGAUACAAAAGGAUUAAAUGAAUUGUUGGAUAUGUUAUUAGAUCCUAAAAAAAGAAUAGACGAAUGGGAUACGAUUGAUUGGUGCCGAUGGUUAAUGGCUGGGGGCAAAUCACCAGAUGAAUUCGGACAAACAGUUAGAAGAUAUGAUAAUGCAACUACAUGUGGUCUUGUUUGGACAGCCAAUUUUGUAGCUUAUCGUUGUAGAACUUGUGGAAUAUCACCUUGUAUGUCAUUGUGUGCAGAAUGUUUUCAAAGAGGGAAUCACAAAGGACAUGAUUUUAACAUGUUUAGAAGCCAAGCUGGGGGUGCAUGUGAUUGUGGUGAUACUAGUGUAAUGAAAGCAUCAGGAUUUUGUCAUAAACAUGGUCCUAACACUCAAGAUGAAAAACCUUCUGUUCCUUCUGAUUUAUUAUGUGUUGCUGAAGCAAUGAUGCCUAGGAUUAUUCUCCGUCUCAUUCAACAUCUCAGAAGUCAUAGCAAGCCAGAUCCAGAUACAUACAAGUCACCACUUCAAGAAGCUGAUGGUUUUCUAACAAUGUUACAUCAUUUAAGUGAAAUGGGAGGUGCAAUGAGACGUGUCAUGACACAGUCAUUAACUAAUCCAAGAGUAUAUUAUGAUUUAGCUAUAGAUUAUAGUCAAUAUUCUGGUGAGAAAGGUGAAUAUCUUAAGGAAAGCUUCCAACUUUAUGAAGAAGCUAAGAGAAAUUUGGCAAACUGUGAGUCUCCUCCAGAGUACCAACAUAUUAAAUCUCUUCAGGCAGAAUUAAAACACACUACAUUUCUUGAAGAAUUAGUAUUUUGGACAGUUAAAUUUGAAUUUCCACAGAAAUUAGUAUGCUAUCUUCUGAAUAUGCUACCUGAUGUAAAAUAUAAGGAAUCUUUUACUGAAACUUUUGUACAUCAUUAUAGUCGUAUUAGUGUGAUGUUGGCACAGUCUGGUGAUUCGGACACAUUGUCUAAUAGAGUUGUUCAUGUUAGUGUCCAGCUGUUCAGUAAUGAAGAAUUAGCAUUUCGUAUGACUCGAAAUUUUCAGUUACUUCAUGUUAUGGUAAUAAGUUUGAAAGCCAUGAUGACUCGUAUCUUAAUACAAAAUAUGUUGCAAGAUGCAGAGAAAAACUUUCAUUAUGUUGUUAACUGUGGUCAUACAGUUAUGAAAAAUCACUGUUAUUGGCCUCUAGUCAGUGAUUUAAAUAAUGUACUUACCCAUCGUCCAGUGGCACUUGAAUUUUUGAGUGAUCCAGGAUUGUUAGAUAUGUGGCUUUCACUUCUUUGUAUGUUUCAAGGCAUGAAUGUUAAUCAAAGAGAAUUAUCGCAACAUGUAGAAUUUGAGCCAAAUACGUAUUAUGCUGCUUUUUCUGCUGAAUUAGAGGGAUCAGCUACUCCCAUGUGGGCUUUGAUAUCUCAUUUAAAAUCUCCUGAACAACUUGGAUUGACAAAACAAGUAAUUUCUCAUUGUUUAAUAGCCUUAGAAGAUUGGUUUGAUGCUAUUGGUUUUUCUACUUCUGAUAAACCAAAUCCUUAUCAAGUAUCAUUUCAUCUUCCUCUCCACCGUUAUUUAUCAGUUUUUCUUUGCCAAGCCGUCCGAUACCAGAAUGCCCGACUAAUAGAUUUACUACCUUCUACAGAAGUUCUUCAGCAACUGAUGAUGCAUCCUUUGCAAGCUCAGGUAACUACUAUUAAAAAAUUGAUAUCGAUAAUAAUUUAA